UGAAACUUAAUUACAUUUGUUUCAAGAAGCUUGGAGGACUACGGAGAACUAAAACUUGAAACAUUCUUGCAAGAGCGAAAUGGGGAAAAUCUAUCAGAUACUUGUUACGGGGCUCAAAGGAAAAACGACCACUAUUGAUAUUUCACAUUCAGAAAAGGAAUUCAAUGAGAUGAAGGUUCUGAUAUUCAAACAGAAACUGCUGGAAAAAUUGCCACCCGGAGAAGCUCAAGUGGAUGAUCUCCGUCUUCUCUUUGCAAGUGAUCAACUGGAAGAUGAUAAAACGUUCGCUGAUUACAAGCUGAAGGAUAAAUCCACAAUAAUGAUGGUGCUGCGUCUGCCUGGAGGAGAGAGAUAAUGCCAAGAAUGCGUAGAAUGCUGAAGCUAUCACCAGAUCUGCUGUUCCUCUGUCAAUGGGAAUAUUUUUCUCGAUGCUAUGAUGACAGAGUGCAAAUCCAAUAAUAGGCUUCAUAGCUUUACCAGCUUUUUCUUUUGAAAAUACUUUAAAUUAACUCUGUUUGUACUUUAUGUCCAGGUCAAUUACAAGGUGUGCGUAAUCCUCAAUUUUAUUUAGUUUCCUUAUUUUGGCCAGAAGGACGCUUUUGCUUAAACAGAAGGAUGUUGCCCCUCCUAUUCACGCCCAAUGGUUACGUGAUGUGAUGUCAUGUUUAAAUUUAGAGAAGAUUCAAUGUUCAUUCUUUGAAUCUAAUCAAGACUUUCAAACAUUGUAGGGACCUUUUCUGAAUUGUUUUCAAAACCUUUGAUUGGCUGUUAACGCACAGAUGAUGACUAACAACCUUUUUCUUUUUUUUUCUACUAAUCAGCUUUGGUCUUGGUAGUGGGUUAGAUUUUUUUUGUAUAAUAAAUUUAUUAUUUUUCAAUGUUAUGAACUAAUUGACUUGCAUGAAUAUAGGGUACGGAGUCUUUAUAUGUGAUUUAGUUUAAUGUAUUGACAUAUAUUUUUUACUGUACUCUGUAUCCGUAUAUAUACAAAUUAAUGAAAAUAUUGGAAAGAGUUUCCUUAUUUGAAAACUGUACAAGAACUGGCUCUUUAAGUCUACAGUCUGUUGGUGCAACAUGCUAUUGUAGUGGUUAACGCAAUGCUUUACAGUACAGGACACAGGUUCAAUUCCUGCUGCUGCCUCUAAGAAUUUUUUACAUUCUCCCCAUGAUCGCAUGGGUUUCCUCCCACUUAUCAAAGAUGUACGCGUUGGUAGAUUAAUUGGUCAUUGUAAAUUGCCCUGUGAUUAAACUCAGACUAAAUCUGGGGAUUGCUGGGCACUGUAGCUUGAAGGGCCUAUUCUGUGCUGUAGAUCAGUAAACAAACAAACAAAACAAACAAGCAAACAAACAAACAAAUAAAUGAUUGAUAGAUAGAUAGAUAUUUGCUCUCUUGGGAAAAUCUACACAAAUUAGUAAACA